AUGGUGGAGGAAGUGUGGGUGGGAAGCUGGAGGCCCCACCGCCCCCGGGGGCCCAUCAUGGCCUUGUACAGCAGCCCGGGGCCCAAGUACCUGAUUCCACCUACCACAGGCUUCGUGAAGCACACGCCCACCAAGCUGCGUGCACCCGCCUACAGCUUCCGCGGGGCCCCCAUGCUCCUGGCAGAGAACUGCUCCCCAGGGCCUCGCUACAGCGUGAACCCCAAGAUACUGAGGACCGGCAAGGACUACGGCCCCUCCUUCUCCAUCCUGGGGCGCUACUGCACCAAGACCGUGCUGACCCCCGGCCCCGGCGACUACUUCCCGGAGAGAUCUACCAAGUAUGUGUUCGACUCGGCCCCCAGCCACUCCAUUUCUGCCCGGACCAGGACCUUCCGCGUGGACAGUACCCCAGGCCCCGCGGCGUACAUGCUGCCUGCCGUGAUGGGGCCGCACUCCGUGGGCAAGGCCUCCCAGCCCUCCUUUUCCAUCAAGGGCCGCAGCAAGCUGGGCAGCUUCAGCGACGAUCUGCACAAGACCCCAGGCCCCGCCGCCUACCACCAGACCGACGUGCAGGUGACCAGGCUGAAGGCUCCACAGUACACCAUCGCUGCCCGUGUGGAGCCUCCGGGGGACAAGACCCUCAAGCCAGGGCCAGGGGCCCACAGCCCUGAGAAGGUGACAAUGAACAAGCCCUGUGCCCCCAUCAUCACCUUCGGCAUCAAGCACUCUGAUUACAUGACGCCCCUGCUCGUGCAGACGGACUAG